CCUGGUAGUGGAAUCAUUCAUCAAAUUGUUUUAGAAAAUUAUGCGGCACCUGGGAUUCUUAUGCUCGGAACAGAUAGUCAUACUCCGAAUGCUGGAGGGUUAGGAAUGAUAGCAAUUGGAGUUGGCGGUGCUGAUGCUGUGGACGCUAUGGCAGAUAUACCAUGGGAACUUAAAGCACCUAAAAUUCUUGGUGUAAGGUUAACAGGAAAUUUGAAUGAAUGGACAAGCCCUAAAGAUGUUAUACUAUAUCUUGCCGGAAAGUUGACUGUUAGAGGUGGAACAAAUCAUAUAAUUGAAUACUUUGGCACGGGAGUCGAAACAUUAUCAUGCACUGGGAUGGCCACAAUAUGUAAUAUGGGAGCAGAGGUUGGAGCUACCACAUCCUUAUUCCCAUUUACUCCUAGCAUGUACUCUUACUUAACAGCAACUCGACGUCACCCAGUCGCUAAACAAGCACAGUCAAAUGCGUCUUUUCUAAGGGCUGAUGUUGAUGCAAAAUAUGAUCAGGUUAUAGAAAUUGAUCUAUCAGAGCUUGAACCUCAUAUUAAUGGACCUUUUACACCUGACCUAUCAACACCAUUGAGCAAAUUUUCGCAAUUUGUCGAAAAGAAUGGAUGGAAAGACGAGAUUAAAGCAGGGUUAAUAGGAAGUUGCACUAAUAGCAGCUAUCAGGACAUGAGUCGUGUGGUUAGUUUGGCUGCGCAAGCACUUGAUAAAGGCAUAAAGCCAAAGGCAAAUUUCUUCAUUACACCCGGUAGUGAUCAAAUUCGAGCAACUAUGGAGAGAGAUAAGCAGACUGCCAUCUUAGAGGAAGCUGGUGGUCGCAUGCUGGCUAACGCCUGCGGGCCUUGUAUAGGACAGUGGGAUCGAACUGACAUUGAAAAGGGUGAACAAAAUGCAAUAUUGACAUCUUAUAAUCGAAAUUUUACGAGUAGGAAUGAUGGAAAUCCAUCUACGAUGAAUUUCUUAGCUUCUCCAGAGAUUGUCACCGCAAUGACCUUCGCAGGCAGAUUAUCUUUCAAUCCGAUUACAGAUACUUUAACAGAUGGGGAUGGUAAACCAUUCCAGUUUUCUAACCCGCACGGAAAUGAAUUGCCACCUCAAGGAUUUGUUAAAGGAAAGCAAUCAUAUGAGCCAUCUCCAUCGAUAAAGGCUAAUCCAGAAGUCGAAAUUAAAAUUUCGCCGGACUCAAGUCGACUUCAGCUACUCGAACCGUUCCCAAUAUUUGAGGGCAAAGAAUUUCAUAACCUACGUGUAUUGUUAAAAGUGAAAGGUAAAUGUACGACAGAUCACAUAUCGGCCGCUGGGCCCUGGUUGAAAUAUAAGGGACAUUUGGAAAAUAUUUCGAAUAAUACGUUGAUUGGCGCCUUGAAUGCUGACAAUGGAAAGGUUAAUGUCGUUAAAAAUGUAUUGACCGGUGAGGAUGGCACAAUACCAGAAGUUGCAGCCUAUUAUAAAGACAAUAAUGUGUCAUGGAUUGUGGUAACUGAUCACAACUACGGCGAAGGAUCCGCUCGAGAACACGCGGCAUUACAAAACGAGGAGGAUUAUGAUUUAUUGUCAGGUGGAGAUUUUAUAUCAACUAUUGGGGUUAUUGGAUUAGCGCCGGGUAGGGAUGUGACAAUUAGGGUUAGAAAGGCUAAGAACGAAAAUGAGAAGAUAGAGGAAUUUGAUAUAUUGACCAAACACACAAUGUCAGAAGAGCAAAUCGAAUGGUUUUAUAAGGGGAGUGCAUUGAAUCAUAUUGCUUCCCUUCAGAGAAAUAAAUAA